GUGUAUACACUGUUUACUACUUGGCUGGCCGGUCUCAUUCGGCCAAUUAUUUAUUUAAUUUUUAUAAAGAACAUAAAACUGACUAGCCGGCCAGUUAAAUGUCAACACAUAUUUAGAGACUCCUAUAAAGCCUCAAUUUACACUCCAGAAACAGAACACCUAUUGCUGUGCACUACGAAUGCUGUAAGCAUAGGAAAACAUUUGUUAUAUAUUCCAACUGCAACGUCUACAUAUGCACUCACAUUCAUAUAUAUAACAUAUUUAUAAAUAUACUUAUACAGAUAGACAAAGAUGACACUUAAAGUAACGAAGCUUGCACUAACGAGUCGCCUCAUCAUCCUGGCCGUCCAAAUGCUGGGCAAUUGGGUUGUGCCAGAUCAUAAGCCGGAUGUAUUUCGCAUGCCAAUGCCCAUAGUGAAUGCAACGGGAACCGUAUAUGGCUUGAACACGCUUGUGAAUUUCUGCUUAGGCGGUUUGCGGCAUUGGGAUGGCGAAUACUUUCUCCAUAUAGCCUACUAUUUGUAUACCUACGAGAAUACACUGGCCUUUUAUCCGCUGUAUCCGGUGCUCAUACGGAAUUUGGCCGCUGCUUGCGAGACCUUCAAUGUGCCUAUGUCACUGCACGCUCUCACACUGUUUAUCGCUGUCGUCCUCAAUUUGUGGUUCUUCUGUGAGGCAGCCAAUUAUCUAUAUCAGCUGACGCAACGUGUCUUUAAUGAUCUACACAAGAGUUGGAAUGCAGCGCUAAUUUUUUGUUUCAAUCCGGCGAGCAUUUUCUUCACUGCCGCCUACUCGGAAUCGCUGUUCGCCUACGCCAGCUUUAUUCUGAUGCUCGAAUGUGUUCGACCAAAGCAACAGUUUAAUUAUAUACGCAUUUGCAUCAGCUUGACUGCUUGCAUAAUGUGCCGUUCCAAUGGAUUGAUUGCCGUCGGCUUUCCCUUAUACUUCUUUGCGCGCCAUAUGAUUCUCACUGCAAACGCGAAACGCUGCAAACAGCUCUUCAGGAUGUCACUGGCCAUAUUCAUCCCAUUGUGCAUAUUGCACGCCUAUUAUUUUUACAUCUAUCGAAUGUAUUGCAUGCCCAGCAUUAAUGUGAAGCAUCCUGAUCAGGUGGUGCAUUAUGCCAGCGAGAGGAACUAUCUGCUUGCUGGAAACGGACCGGAGGGAUCACCUUGGUGCCAGUAUACUUUGCCAUUCCCCUAUAAUUAUGUGCAAUCUACCUAUUGGGAUGUUGGCUUCUUGCGUUACUAUCAAUGGAAGCAGUUGCCUAAUUUUUUGCUCGCAUUGCCCAUGUUAAUCUUCAUGCAUUGGCAUUGCUGGGAUUACUUUUUGUUUUUGGCCACAAAAUUGACGCCGCAAGUUUCAAGCUGGCGAGAGUUGUUCAAGACACAAAAGUCACUACCAUUCGUGCUGCAUGGUGCAUUCUUGACCCUUGUCUGUGUCUUCUUUAUUCAUAUUCAGGUAUCAACUCGUUUGUUGGCUUCAGCCACGCCCAUUUUUUAUUGGUUUGCUGCCGAUCAUAUGCCUAAGUCACUGGCGCAACUUUCAUUUCGCUCUAAGGCUGGAGCUCUGUUUCUUUGGUGCACUGCGUAUUGUGCUUGCGGCACAGUUCUUUUCGCCAACAAUUUUCCCUGGACUUGAAUACAAGAUUCAUAUUGGACAGACGUUUAUGUGUAUAUUUACAUAUAUGUGAAGCUAUUAUUAUUUGCCGAAGAGACUGUAAUAGGAUUGGAUAUGUUGGUAAUUUUUAUAGGCAAUUUUAUUAACGGUAUGAAAAACAAAAGCAAAUUAAAUUAAAUAAAAGUUUAGAACCAAA